AAAUGGAACACUAAAAUUAUUGCACAACGGAAAAUGGAGUUCGAGUAUAUAAUGUGAGUUCAACAUUACCUAAUUGCGCAGCAGAAAAUAUUUUGAUUUAAGAAAGGAAAGUAUAUAAUCAAAUAAAAUUUUAAGGCAUUAUGGAUGUCUUUAGCAGGAUUACCUCAAUAUAUAACUUUAGAUUUAUCUUAAGUUUAAGAAAGACCGAAAUUUAUCAAAUGUUUUGGGUUUGAUUGUUGGCAUGAUUAUUAAAGUAAUCCAUCAGUGAUUGAAUUGAUGGUAUCAUUAAAUGGUGAAAAUUUUAUUACAUGGACAACUCUAUAUCCUGAAUUGAAACAAGGAAUAUAGUUGUUUUAAAUAGAUCCUUUGGGAACUAGAUACUAAUUUAUAAAAAUAAUUAUAAAGGAGACAUUCGGUGCAUCUAAAACAUAUUUAAAUUAAGUAUAUUUACUUGAAGAAUAUGCUAUGAUAAGUACAGAAAGUGUAACAGAAUCUUAACAAUAGACUGAGAAUAAUAAUAGUUAAUAUAAACAUCAAUUUGAGAAGGAAGAAUUAGAUCAUCAUGAAAGAUCAGAUAGAAUGGAUAGAUUUGAAAGAUUGGAAAGGAAUGAUAGAAAUGAGAGAUAGGAUAGAAAUGAGAGAUAAGAUAUGAAAAUUAAUGAGUAUCAUGAUUUGGCUUAAAAGAUUCAUAGUAUGGGAAGAGAAGUAGCUAGUUUGAAAUAGAGUCAUUAAUAAGGAAAAUCAAGUUAAUCAUAAACUAAAUAAGGAUUUCAUAAAAGUAAUCUUACAGAAGAUGUUCCAGAAUCUUUUUAAAGAUUGACAUCAACCGAAAGAAUGGUACUAGAUAUUUAAAGUAAGAAUUUAAGUGAAAUAAAUAUCUUAAAAAAAGAAGUUUAAGAUUGGAAAAAUAAAUGUGAACAAUUAGAGAGUCAAAUUUAAAGAUUAUUUAAAAUGGUUACUCAAAUUAAGGAUAAAUAAUAAGAAUAAGAUGAUUCAAUCCAUAAAUAUAUUUAAUAGAAUUAAAGUGAAGUAAGUUUUGAUGUCAAUAAAAAAUAAGGUUUUAAUAAUGGUCAAAUAACUCAAUAACAAUCUUAAUAAUCUUAACAAUCUUAGAUAACAUCAACUUAAUUAUAACCUUAAUAAUAAUAAUAGUAGACUGGUAAAUUUGAAGAAGUAAUUGAUAAGAAAAUAAGUGAACUUUCUGGUAACUUUUAAACCUUGUUUCAAUAAUAAGAAUCAAAGUUUAAGAAUCAGUAAAAAGAAUUGAUUAAAAGUUUUAAGGAUUAUAUUUAAUAAGAAUAAUAAUAAGAAAAGUAUCGAGAAUAUGAUAAAAAGAAAUAAGUUUCAAGAGGAAGGUAAAAAGAGAAAUCUGUUUCAAAGUCAUCAUCUGUCAAAUCAUCCCGUAGUUCUUCUAGUAGUUCAAUAAUCAAUUUUAUUAAAUCAAAAAAGGCAUAAUCUAAAUCAAGAUAAUAAUCAAAAUCACAUUUGAAAUCAUUACCUAGAUCAAGAUCUCCUGCUGAUUCAAAAGAAAAUGACAGAUAUGAGAAUAAUAGAUUAUCACCUAAAUAAAGAAAGGUAGCUACAUUGCUAGGAAAGUUAUAAGAAAAAUUAUAAAAAAGAGUAAAUUUAUAUAAUUCAUUAAUUAGGCUAAAAAAAUUGAGUAAUUAAAUUUAUCUUAAAAGAAGACAAGAAAGAGAGGGAGCAUUCAGAAUUCUAUGGAUUAGUCCAAUUCAUCUGAUUAUUGA